ACGACAGUGCAUUUCUAUCAUGCCGGCAGGAAAGGAAUUCGACCCCGACGUUGACUAUUACAAACUUUUGGAGGUUGAAUACAACAGUACUCAUGAAGAUAUACGAAGGCAGUAUCGUAAAAAGGCACUCAAGGUCCAUCCUGACAAGAAUCCCAGCCCUGAUGCCGCAGCCCUGUUCCAUGCUCUCUCGCAAGCCUAUGAAGUGCUCACUGAUACCCAAGCAAAGCUAGCUUAUGACAAUGUGAUCAGAGCAAGAGUAGAACGGAACAAGAGACACAAUGAAAUGGACUCAAAGCGGCGAGCUGCCCGAGAUGAAUUAGAGGCACGAGAAAAAGCUGCCAAAAAGCGCAAAACUGACGAAAUGGAUGCUGAAGCGAAAUACAAAGCGGAACUGGCGAGGAUGAGGGAAGACAGCGGUAGAAGGAUGCAGGAAGAGGAAGAUGAACUGCGAAAGAUGAUGGAGGAAGAGGAGAAAGCAGAGGUACCAGAAGCAAGUGAAAUGGAUUGUACAUUGAAGAUCAAGUGGAAGAAGAAAAAGAGAACGUUUGAACAGACAGAGCUGGCUAGUCUGUUUGGUAAAUUUGGACCAGUGGAUGCCAUUGUCAUGACAAAACAGGGCAGCGGCCUGGUUGUUUUCAAAUCCAUUGUUGGCGCGCAUGCUGCCCUUACUAGCCAAGAUACCCAUCCAGAUCUCGCCAUCUUUGAAGCAAUCGAUUGGGCAACCGGUAAAGAGCCAGCCAUUGUUGCGAAAUUAGGCGUUGCUUUGAAGAACAACAGUUUGAAGACUGCGUCGGAAUCUAUCGAAACAUCCAAGCUAGAUUAUGCUACCCUGUCAACGCAUACCAGUAAUCUAUCGUCCAAAUCGAAACCUUUGUUUGGAGGUGCGUCUGCAGCGAAGCCAUUGUUUCGAGCAUUUGGCAAUGCUCCAGCUCCAAUGUCUUUUGGAAACGCGCCGAAAACAUCAGAUGAGGAUUACGAAACAGUAACAUUAAUGAAGCUCAGAGAAGCCGAACGCAGACGGCUAGCGGAAAAAGUUCGCGAAGAUGAAAAGCUGUAGAAUCUUAAUAGUUGUUCUCAACCACAUACAGCAUGUGUAAAUAGUUAUCAAUAGAAAGUGUAUUGAAUACAGAUAUCAAAAAAGUCUUUGCGUGGUUAACGAAGUUAAAGCGUCGUAUGUAUCAAAUAGCAGUUAGGACUUUAAUCGCGAC